GAUAUAUAGUAUAUUUGAUUUGAUCACAAAACAGUGAAAUUAUUGAUUAGAAUUAAUUUUUUAUUAUAGUUUAUUAAAAUUUAGAAUCAGAACCAGCCGAUUUAACAAAUAAUUUUUAGAAAAUGUCAAAUCGUGUGAAAACUAAGGAAACCAAGAGUGGAGAAAUAGUUGCGUAUAGUGAAUCAGCAAUACGAAAUAAUGCUGCCAUUUUUGAAUAUUGCAGAACUUCUAUGUCAGCACUUUCUGGUGGAACUGCAGGAGUCUUAGGAUUGACUAGCUUUCAUGGCUUUGGAUUUUAUCUACUAGCAGUUCUAGGUCUUUGGGCAAUGCUGUUGUGGAAAGCGGGAUCAAAUUGGCAAAAAUAUUUUGUAUGUCGUAGAAGUUUAUUGACCAAUGGAUUUUUAGGAGGCCUGUGUACAUAUAUAUUAUUUUGGACUUUCUUAUAUGGAAUGGUACAUGUGUACUAAUAUAUAUAAUUUUGUAUUCCAAAUUAUUUAUGAAAUAUUUUAUUACAAUAUUUAGUCAAAAAGUAAUUUCUAGUAAUUGAACAUGUGAAAUUGACAAUUUUUGCAACAUCUAAUAACAAUGCACUAAUUUGAGAAUUAUAUG